ACCAUGAUUGUGAUCUUUGCUUGGAUAACCAUCCAGGAGCAGUGCAUCACGCGAUUACGCCUAUGACGAACUUGCAUUUAAGAGCAGCAAUUGAAGGGAUCGCAGUUGGCAGCGCGACAGUUAGGAUGAACUUGAAUCACGGCAUCGCUAGAGACGUGGUUAGUGAACCGUGUCGGCCGCGUCGGACGAGCGAGACUCUGCAACUUCGAUUGACAUCGUUGUCUACCGUCAACACGGCCACCGUUGCCACCGCUGUCAUCAUCACAACAACAACUUCGAUCUCUUCCGAUCCGGCGAAGUUCAUCGGAACGACACCGUCGCUGGCGCUAACCUCACCGAGCAUCCUGACCCCGGCGGAAGCGCGACCCGCUUUCUCUCUCACUCGUUUCUCUCUCUAAAAGAAGCGUUUGUUGACUAAAUUUGUACGCGCACGGAGGAAGCAACGGUUCGGCAAUUCGUUAACUCUUAUAGAAAUAGCCGAGCGCGACUGUGCUCGUGUCGAGUAACAGAAUCUCUAUAUUAUAUAGCGUCAAUUAUCUGGAAAUUAGAAACGUACAUAAUAUAAAAGCUAUACCGA